AUGCUUACUCUGUCGGGACGAACGUUUCCUUUUCAUGGCAAUGACCUUGACGCACAGGUGAACACUGCUCCCAACGCCAGGGUCAGUGGGUCAGAUGGUCGAGCAAUCAUCACACCAAUGUCCAACACCCGUGAUGAACUUGCAGUAAUUAACGACGCGAAUGUCGGCCAUCAAGCCAAGUGCGACGAUCGCUGAUGAAAGGGGGAACCGUGAAUAUUCACAAGUAUGCGGUAGCAUGGCGACUGCAUCCUAUGAUUGCUUCAGCCCCUUGUGCAUGAACCACCCGUAUCUGCUAUUGUCUCUGAUGAUGGAUUCGAGCAGGAAUCCGAAACGUCAGGCGAAUAGAGCUCUUGGCCCAGCGAUCGUGUCUCCUUCUUCACACCUCAAAGUUAUUUGCGCCAAUUUAACUUCCAAUUCUUACGGGUUCUCCUAGGAAUAUGGGUGUCUGAUGUCCCACGUCUUUAUCCUGACCACUCUGCUCUUGCCAGCGAACGUAUUUGAUCGAGUCUGUAUAGAUUUUGUGUCUUUGGUUCAUUGCCGCGCCCCGGGAGAGGGGGGUCUGUUCUUUGCAUAAGGGACGCUAGCUACUGCGGCCGCUAACAGCCUCCUCUGGUUUCUUCUCCCCCAUAGCUGGAUACCACACUGAAUCAACUGGUGGAUCACCUGCUGGGUUUCGUGGACGGUGGCCUUCGUCAGUACGACAGCCAGUGUGCCUCCUUCUUCGGCCUGCUGCGUGGCUAUGCGGACAGCUGCGCCCAUGCGAGUGUCCACCUGAGCAACCUGCUGGCCACAUCGCGUCUCCUGAGUCUUCUUAUCGAUGAAACGACCGCCUCGGAAGACACCGCCAGAGUCUCCGAUGGCACCUGUCUCUCUGUCCCCAUUGCGCGCCCCUCUAGCCUUUCAAAGUCGGCGGUGGCGGCGGCAGAGAACACCCUCAUCUUUCCUACUUGGGUGCGUGCGCGAGCGCCUACUUGAAUGCGAAUUUCCGUGUUAAGUUUGUUUGCUGACUCCGUUUUUCUUGUGUUUAACUCCUUUCCGCCCCUCCUCCCUUAUUUAUUCAGUUGGUUGCCGGUCUCUGUUCUUCUACCUCUUAGCGUAGCCCUUAUGGCGUUCGUGCGUAUGUGAGACGCAAGCCGGUCGUUGCGCCGAGGAGCAUUUCAUGGCAACCAGGUCGUGCAUAGUCCGCGUAGACGGUCUGUUCUGGCUCCGUCAACCACUGCGUCCAUUUCCACCACCAGAUGGUUAGCAGGACGGUGGGUCGCGCGUGAAUUAGUUUAUUGUGAUGGCAGACUUGCUCCGCAUCUACCGCACUUCCCUUCCUCACCCACUUGGGCUCGGUGGCAGGACGACUGGCUGUGCGUUCGGGCUUAGUGACUGUCAAGGCCAAAUAGCCCGUCUACGCGUACCAUACACGACCUGGUCACCUCAUAAUGGACCAGACCCCACAGAGGCGAGGAGGCGGCUUUGAUCCCAUCUGGGUGAAAUGGUCAUAGAGGCUGCAUUAACAAGGUCGGACUCUCGCUUCCGGGGGGACCGGUAGUUGGCAGCCCCUCAGGUCACAACAUUCUGCGCGUCGUGAUAGGUUCGAUCGCGUCAGAUUUACUAUAGAGAGGAAUGCACCAGAGACGACCUCACCCUCUCCCUCUAUCAGUCGACUGUUCCAGCCGGUCAGACAUCUGACGACAGGAGUGGGCUAAGGUGGUCGGCACGGCGUGAGGCCUGCGCCUAGGUGUGCCAUCGCACACACCCCCCCCCCCCCAA